AUGAGCAACCUCAUGGAGGCCUCCGUCUGCCAUGCCUCUCCCCGCGCACCGCCCUACCGCGCACCGCCCUACCGCGCACCGCCCUUCCGCGCACCUCCCUGCCGUGCACAGGCGGUGCCACAGCAGCAGCGGCUGGCGCGCGCUGGCCUGCGAGGUUGCGCAGCACUGAGCCUCCCUGGCGCGCAGCGCGCAAGCGGGGUGGUGGCGCGCGGAGGGCGGACGGCGUGCAGCAGUGCGCGUGUGCGCUGUCAGGCUAGCAGCUCUGCCGCUGCUGGGAAACAUGGAUGGGCGGAAGAUGAUGAGCGAGCCUCGCCUGCCCUUGCUGCUGCUCCAAUGCCACUUGCUGCCGGUCCCCCUCCCCAAACCGUGCCUGCUCACGUGGACAUCACAGCUCCCGCUGCUUCCCCUUCUGACUCCCUAGCCGCUGCUGCUGCUGCUGCUCCCACACCGACACAUGCAGCAUCGGCCACUGCUCAUGCUGCCGUUCCGCCUUCCCUAGCCAGCGAGCUGCCAACAGCAGGCGAGGUGGGGCAGCAGCAGGCAGCAGGGGAGGCGGCAGGGGAGGAAGCAGGAGAGGUGGGCACGGCAAGCCCUGGCGAGGAAGCAGCAGAGGGGGUGGAGCUCAGUCUCGCGGAGAAGGAACGGUUCGACUGGAACAAGGCGUGGUACGCGGUGGGGGUGAUUGCAGACAUGGACGCGAGUCGCCCGCACGCGCUCACAGUGGUGGGCCGCCCCCUCGUGCUCUGGCGGGACGCCUCCCACACCUGGCGCGCCUUCGCUGACCAGUGCCCGCACCGCUUGGUUCCACUGUCCGAGGGCCGCAUAGACGCGGAGGGGCGCCUGGCGUGUUCGUACCACGGGUGGGCGUUUGCAGGCAGUGGUGCGUGCCAGCUCAUCCCGCAGGCGCCCCAGGACAACCCGGGCCAGCCCCCCCGCGCCCUCUCCUCUCCCCGCGCCUGCGCCACCGCCUUCCCCACCAGGGAGCUCCAUGGCAUUCUCUUCGUGUGGCCCGACAGCGCCUCUGCAGAGCAGGCGGAGCGCACAGCCAUCCCCGAGCCCGAGGGCGUGGAGUGGGAUGCGUGUGACAUGAUGGUGCACGCGCGGCGCGUGAGCUACAGCUACGAGGUGCUGGCGGAGAACUUUGCCGACCCCGCGCACAUCUUCUUCGCCCACCACGGCUUCGGCCCGCUGCACCGCCACCAGGGCGCUCCCAUGAAGGAGAUCAGCUUGCACUCUCUGACCAAGGACGGCUUCCAAGGCACCUUUCACGAUGCUCUCUCGCCUGCCAUCUUCACAUUCAGCGCCCCCUCGUUCAUCUGUUACAACCGCGCCCUCCCUCCAUCGCCGGCGGCAACAGCGGCAGCGGCGGCGGCGGGAGAAGCUCCCCCGGCGCCUACAACGGCAAUCGCGUGCCUGUACAUGACGCCCAUGCGCCCGGGGGAGUGCCUCAUGAUCUCCCUGCAGGGUAACGACGAGGGCGUGGAGAAGGGCAACAAGGGGGCAGCACCGAGGAGGAAGACGCAGUGGAACGAGCAGUUUGCAUCGCGGAGGUGGUGCGCGCACCUCUUCACUCACGCUCUCUUUGACAGUACGAUGCCCGCUCGCCCUGCUUGCCUCUCAUGCCCGCCCUGCUUGCCUCUCGUGCCUUAG